GUGUGUGAGAUGUUAUUUCUAGCUGUUAAAUGUCUAUGUGGCACUUUUGACAUAUCGGUUGGAGAUGCUCUUAGAUAUAUGUUAAAGCUUAAAUGUGUGGGAGUUGAGUUUUAUGGUUAUAACCAUGUUGACGGUACGAAGAAGAAAGAGACUUUGUUCCCAGCAUUGAAAAGCUUAACUAUUUAUUAUUGCCCAGCUCUAAUUAAAUGGGAGGAACUGCCAACAGAUGAGAAAGUAGCGGUGUUUCCCUGCCUUGAGGAGUUGACUAUAAAGCAUUGCGAUAGUCUCGAGUUCAUUCCUAUUACCCUGGGCAAGGGCAUGACAUGUCUCCGCAAAUUGAAGAUCGGGGAUUGUGAGAAAUUAUCAAGCUUGCCGACUAGCUUAGAAUAUUGCAUCUCUCUUCAGGAGUUGGAGAUUUGGGGUUGUGAUGGAUUGACAAGUCUACCGAGUGGGCUACCAUCCUGCACAUCUCUUGAGGAGUUGAAAAUCAAUUCAUGCCACAAUUUGAUAUCUCUGCCAGAUCUCGAUGUAUCCAGGUUGCAGUCUCUUUCCUCUUUAGAUAUAUUUAAUUGUGGGAAAUUAAACUAUUUGCCAAUAGAUGGGCUACGCUCUCUUACGCGUUUAGAAUCUAUGAAAAUGGGUCCGUUUUCGGAGGAGCUCGAUUCCUUCCCUGAUUUUGAGCUUCCAUCACAAAUCCAAAUACUAGAGAUCACAGGGUGGCCUAAGCUCAAGUCUCUGCCUCAACAAAUUCAACACUUGACUACUUCUCUAACAUCUUUGGGGAUUGAAUCUUUCAAUGGUGUGGAGGCUCUUCCAGAGUGGUUGGGUAACCUUACAUCUCUUACCCACCUGAGUAUUCAGGAGUGUGAGAAUCUCAUGUAUAUGCCUUCUUUACACAGAGUGGUUGGGCUUCGUGAAUUGUUGAUUGACAAUUGUCAGGCAUUAUCAAGCUGGCCAAGUGGGUUGGAAUAUUGCACCUCACUUCGUAGGUUGAGUAUACUUGGGUGCUCCAAUCUAACAUCCAUUCCACUUUCACAAUCUGACUCUGAUGCUCCCACACUCCCUCUUCUUGAGGACUUGACUAUAAGGAGUUGCUCUAGUCUCGAGUUCAUUCCAAUUACCCUGGGCAAGGGCAAGGGCAUGACAUGUCGCUUGAAAUUGGAGAUUAAGGAUUGUGAGAAAUUAUCAAGCUUGCCGACCAGGUUAGAAUAUUGCAUCUCUCUUAAGAAGUUGAGUAUACAGAGAUGCCCUAAUCUAGAGGCCAUUAUUAAUUUAGACAACCUCACAUCCCUCUGUUACUUGAGUGUUACUUGAGUAUUAGGGGUUGUGAUGGAUAGACAAGUCUACCCAGUGGGCUACCAUCCUGCAUUUUCGGAGGAGCUCGAUUGUUUCCCUGAUUUUGAGCUCCCAUCACAAAUCCAAACUCUAGAGAUCACAGGGUGGCCUAAGCUCAAGUCUCUGCCUCAACAACAAAUUCAACACUGCACUUGUCUAAAAGCAUUGUCCAUAGAGUCUUUCGACAGCGUGGAGGCUCUUCCAGAGUGGUUGGGUAACCUUACAUCUCUUACCACCCUGAAUAUUCACAAUUGUAAGAAUCUGGUGUCUCUUCCUGCCGUUCAAGUUA